CCCCCCGGCCCCACGUGACGCGACGCCCGGUGCCGCCAUGAUGGCGGCGGGCGGCGGGGCCGGGCCCGGGCGGGCCCUGGAGGCGCUGCUGGAGAUGGGAUUCGGGGCCCGGCGCGCGGCGAAGGCGCUGGCGCUGACCGGGAACCGCGGCGUGGAACCGGCCAUGGACUGGCUGGUGGCUCACGAGGACGACCCCGACUCGGACCCCGAAUUCCCCCCGGAUUUGGGGGCGCUGCCCUCGGGCCUGGGGGGGCCCCGGCAGCCGCCGGCCCCAGAGGACGAGACCCAGAAGCUCCUCUCCGAGGCCGGGCAGGAGCGCGAGCGGCGCCGCCGGGGGCAGGAGCUGGCCAAGCUGCGGGAAUGGCGGCGGGACGAGGAGCGGCGCCGCGCGGCCGAGGAGCGGCGCCGGGACCGGGCCGAGGAGCGAGCGGCGCGGCAGAGGGUGCGGGAGAAGAUUGAGCGGGACAAGGCGGAGCGGGCGCAGAGGUUCGCCCCCGCGGCCGCCCCGGAGCCCCCCCAGGAGCCCCCCCAGGAGCCCCCGCAGGCGGCGCCGGCGCGGCGGGAGCACGAGCACUGCCGGAUCCAGCUCCGCCUCCCGGACGGGCGCGCUCUCACCCAGAGCUUCCGGGCGCGGGAGCCGCUGGCGGCCGUGCGGCUCUUCGUGGAGCUGCAGGGGGGCCCGGGGGGCCCGGGGGGCGACACGGGGGGGCCCCCCCAGCCCUUCUGCCUCCGCACGGCCUUUCCCCGGCGCCUCUUCACCGAGGAGGACAUGGAGAAACCCCUGCAGGAGCUGGGCCUGGUUCCCUCCGCCGUCGUCAUCGUGGCCAAAAAGGAGGGGAGCUGAGGGGGGGCACCCCAAAACCCCCCGAAAAAACCCAAAUAAACCGGAAAAAAACCCAAAA